AUGGAUUUACAAUAUGUAAACACAAAAGAUCAGUUUGCUGGCAUCUUCACUAAAGCAUUAGUUGAAGAUAGACUUUAUCGUCUAAUUACCCUUAUUGAUUUCUGGACAUAUGUAGAAAAAUCAUUCACAUGGACAGAUCUUCCUUCAAAGUUCCCAACAAAAUUUGUCCAACUUCCUGUAUACAUUGCUUCGGUUCAUGUAAAUUAUGUUGACUGUACUAGGUGGUUGGGUGAUUUUAUCCUUUCAAAGAGUGUUGAUGAUGAAAUUAUGUUGUGGGAACCAACAGUGAAGGAAGAAAUUACAGGAACGGGUGCAGUUGACGUCCUUCAGAAAUACCCCAUUCCUGCAUGUGAUAUCUGGUUCAUCAAGUUUUCAUGUGAUUUCCAUUUCAACAUAGCUACAGUAGGUAACAGGGAAGGCAAGAUUUUUGUUUGGGAAGUGCAGUCAUGUCCUCCUGUACUUGCUACAGAGUUGUCACAUCCUCAAUCAAACUAUCCGAUCAGGCAGACUGCUACUUCCUUCGAUGGAAGGUAAUGCUUGAUAUAUUGAUGAUGAUUCUCAUAUUUUUGAUGCAAUAUUCUUGUAGUUUUUAACUAUAGUCCUCUGUUGUGUGUUAUGUUGCAGUACUAUAUUGAGUUGCUGUGACGAUGGGACAUUAUGGCGCUGGGAUGAUGUUUCAAACUCUUCAACCUAACUUGCAUACAUGCAAUACCAAUCUGACGUGCAUGUCAAAAAAUCAGGAGCUUGGUUUAUUGCGUGUAUCUUUGUCUGUUUGUUUAUUUUGGUUCGAUAAGCCUUAUAAUGUAAAAGGUUCAACUGAGAACUCAUUAGAACUUUGACGUUGUUUAAAUAAAAUUGAGCCAUGCAUGUUGCCGGUUUAUACAAUUUA